AUGGCUGGUACGGCCAUGGAUAGUUUCGUGGUUGUCUGGCAUGUCUACCGUCUGCCUCUGCUCGUCGCUCUGUUCGCCCUGUUCGUCGCCGCGCGUGUCUAUCGCCAAUUCCAGUCGCGAUCCAAGACGACCGCAUCAUCGUCGGUGCCGGCCUCGCCUCGCAGUCAAUCCCCGGAGAAGAUCGUGGAACUCGCCGCGCCCGCCGAAAAAGUCGUCGCCCCGCCCACCACCAAGGACAAUGCGAAACUUGCGGCCAAGCCUGCCACUGGACCGAAGCGCGUACUGGGAAAGAAGCCUGCGAAGACGAUUGGCGGGCGUCGCCCCCCCGUCUCUUUCAUCCAACCCCUCGUCUUCUUCGCCUCCUUAACCACGACCACCGAACGAUAUGCCAAUAUUCUUCUGGAGGACCUCCGGGCUGCCGCCGCCAAGCGUGCAGAUCUGCAGAACCGCGAGCGAGGCAUUCUGCCUCCGCAGAUUCACGACAUCUCGUAUAUCGACUUCGAUGAUUUCUUUACCACGGUCCCGCAGCCGCCAUCCACCUCGCCCGGCACUCGCUAUGUCUACUGUAUCUUGACCCCGACCUACAACAUCGAUACUGUGCUCAAUACCUUCCUCGAUCACCUGAACGAAACCCAUAACGACUUCCGGAUUGACACUGCGCCUCUCUCCAAAUUGGCGGGGUACUCCGUCUUUGGCUUUGGGGACAAGGAAGAAUGGCCGACCGAGGAAGAAGGCUUCUGCUCCCAGGCCAAGGAAAUUGAUCGGUGGAUGGCCAAGCUGACCGGUCGCAAGCGUGCGUACCCGCUGGGCAUGGGCGAUGUCAAGAAUGAUGCGGAGGUGGCUCUGAAGGAGUGGACAAGCGGCCUGUUGGACAUUCUCGAUGAUAUCCUGGAAAAUGGUGGCCUGGGCGAAGGUGUCCCUGGUAGCGGCGAUGCCCUGGAGAGUGACGAGGAGGACGCGGGCAAUGAAGAAGACCAAAAGGAGAACAGCGCAUCGACCAUGGUGGAUCUGGAGGAUAUCAAGAUGAACGGUGACACCGCCGCGCCCAUUCCUGUCGACUUCACCACCGCUGGAAAGGCCACAUCCGUCGCUACGGAGGACACAGCCAAGGAAAUGGUUCCCAAGACCUCCCCGACCUAUGCCGCGUUGACCAAGCAAGGGUACUCGAUUGUUGGCUCUCACUCUGGUGUCAAAAUCUGCCGUUGGACCAAGUCGGCUCUACGUGGCCGCGGUUCCUGCUACAAGUACUCCUUUUACGGUAUCAAGUCCCACCUGUGCAUGGAGGCGACUCCCUCCCUUUCCUGCAGUAACAAGUGUAUCUUCUGUUGGCGCCACGGUACCAACCCCGUCGGUACCACCUGGCGCUGGAAGGUGGAUUCGCCCGAGCUCAUCUUUGACGGUGUCAAGGAGGGCCACUACAAGAAGAUCAAAAUGAUGCGUGGUGUCCCGGGGGUUCGCGCCGAACGAUUUGCCGAGGCGAUGCGCAUCCGGCACUGCGCCUUGAGUCUGGUCGGCGAGCCAAUCUUCUACCCGCAUAUCAAUCGCUUCCUCGAUAUGCUGCAUAGUGAGCACAUUUCCAGCUUCUUGGUCUGUAACGCCCAGCACCCAGACCAACUCGAGGCAUUGCACCGGGUCACCCAGCUCUACGUGUCCAUCGACGCCAGCAACCGAGAGAGUCUCCGUAAGAUUGAUCGCCCACUGCACCGCGACUUCUGGGAGCGCUUUCAACGCUGCUUGGAUAUCCUCCGUGAAAAGCGUCACAUCCAACGCACUGUCUUCCGCCUGACUCUCGUCAAGGGAUUUAACGUGGACGAUGAGGUCAUGGGCUAUGCGAACUUGGUCGAGAAGGCCCUGCCGGGUCUGGUCGAGAUCAAGGGCGUCACAUACUGCGGGACGAGCACCAGCGCUGGAGCUGGGCUGACGAUGCAGAACGUGCCUUUCUAUGAGGAAAUCUCCACGUUUGUGGUUGCUUUGAAUGCGGAGCUGGAACGCCGUGGUCUCAAGUAUGGACUUGCAGCUGAGCAUGCCCACAGCUGCUGCGUGUUGAUUGCGUCGGAGCGAUUCCAUGUGAACGGCAAAUGGCACACUCGGAUCGACUAUGAGCGUUUCUUUGACUUGCUGGAGCAGGAGAAGCGGGAUGGGACUUCCUUCGCCCCAGAAGACUACAUGAAGGAAACGGAAGAGUGGGCGUACUGGGGACAGGGUGGAUUCAACCCCGAGGAUGAGCGUGUCUACCGGAAAACAGGCAAGAACAAAAACAAGGCCCUUGAAGCCGCCCCGGAGUCUUGA